AUGUUCCUCUGCAUUUCCAUGUUCCUCUGCAUUUCCAUGUUCCUCUGCAUUUCCAUGUUCCUCUGCAUUUCCAUGUUCCUCUGCAUUUCCAUGUUCCUCUGCAUUUCCAUGUUCCUCUGCAUUUCCAUGUUCCUCUGCAUUUCCAUGUUCCUCUGCAUUUCCAUGUUCCUCUGCAUUUCCAUGUUCCUCUGCAUUUCCAUGUUCCUCUGCAUUUCCAUGUUCCUCUGCAUUUCCAUGUUCCUCUGCAUUUCCAUGUUCCUCUGCAUUUCCAUGUUCCUCUGCAUUUCCAUGUUCCUCUGCAUUUCUCUCCCCCAACCCUCGUCUCCCAACAAGGGCAAGCACGCCUUUCGCAACUACGUGGGCAAGCACGCGUUCCGCAACUACACGGGCAAGCACGCGUUCCACAACUACACGGGCAAGCACGCGUUCCACAACUACACGGGCAAGCACGCGUUCCACAACUACACUGUGCGGCGGCUGUAUCGCGAGAAGCAGAAGAGGGAAGGGGGAGAAGGGGAGGAGGAGGGAGACAGAGGGGAUGGUGGAGAGAGGGGGAAUGGUGGCGACAGGAGGUUGAGGAGCGGAGGGGCAUGGGGAAGAGGCAGGGAGAGUGAAAGGGGCGAAGGAAAGGAAGAAGCAAAGGUGAUAAGUGGUGGGGCAGAGAUGACAGGCGGAGAGUUAAGCGAGAGAGUGGGAGACGGAGCAGUGAUGACGUUUGAAAAAGAGGCUGAGAGAGGGGAUGAGAAAGAGGCUGAGAUGGUUGAGAGGGUUCAAAUCGAGGAGGUUGCAAGCGAGAUGAGCAGUAGCUCGGGAGACGAACGAGGGGGACGAGAGUGGGAGGGAGUAGAUAGGGUCGGAGGUGCAGGGGACCAAGAGGGGGAGGAGGAGGACAGGGCAGAGAGGGCGGAGAGGGCGGACAGGGCGGAGAGGGCGGAGAGGGCGGAGAGGGCGGACAGGGCAGAGAGGGCGGACAGGGCGGACAGGGCAGAGAGGGCGGAGAGGGCGGAGAGGGCGGAGAGGGCGGGGAGGAAGGCGGUGUGGUUGCAUGAGACGGAUAAGAGUGACAAGAUCAGUACGGCACAUGCGGAUGGUGCAGGGUGUGUAGGGGAGCAGGAGAAGGAGGGGGCGGAUACAGCAGGGGGAUUGCAGAGGGCGGGAAGGAAGGCGGUGUGGCUUCAUGAGACAGAUAAGAGCGACAAGAUCAGUACGGCACAUUUCAGAACCAUCGAGACUUGCACGGUGUUGCCGUGGAUUGAAGGGGGCGUGUUUGAUGGGAGCAGCCUUGCUGGGGGCAGAUUAGAAGAGGGUGCGUUUGAUGGUAGCAGUGUGGAGGGGAGCAGCAGACUUGAGGAGGGGAGCAGAUUGGAGGGAGAAGAGGCGGAAGGAGGGAGGGGUGUGGGACGGCAGGAGCGGCGGAGGUUCGUUCGGGUUGUGAUUCGAGGAGAGUCGUUCAUGCUUCACCAGAUCCGCAAAAUGGUGGGAACAGCCUUAGCAAUCCUCCACGGAGCCAUCCCCUCGUCCAUGCUGCUGCCCUCCCUUGCCCGCCACUCCCGCAUCGUGCUGCCCCUCGCUCCACCCCAAGGCCUCCUAUUGGCCGACUGCUCCUUCAUGCCGUUCCGAGCACCGAAGCUGCCCGGAAACAAAUCCUCCUCCUCUGCUGCUGAACUUGAGGUUCCUCAGUCCAGCGCUCCUCUAGAAGCUGAAUCUACAGACCGUUUCAAGCAGCAGCAGCAGCAGGAAGCACUAAGGCUAUACACGCAGUGGCACUCUGCCUUCUCGCCACUUGGCACAUCUCAACCAGCCCUCAGCGUGUCCCCUCUCUCCUCCCCACCUUCCUCCUCUCCCUCCCCGCAAUCCUCCUCCCCAUCCCCCCCCCCAUCGCUCCGCAUGUCACGAGCUGUGUGCGAGAGAGUAGAGGAAUUUUCCCAAGAGCACGUGUUGCCAGCCAUGCUGCAGUGGUUGCAUGCUGAGGGGGAGCCGUGGAGCGGGUGGGAGGAGAAUCUGCUAGCCUAUGAGUGGGUAUCGGAGGAGGAGGAGAGGGAAGUUGUAGAGGGGUAUUCCCAGUGGAUGCAAGGCAGGGCAGAGAGGGGCUACUGA